UUGGAUUGUCCGCCCUCUUCCUCACCUUAUAACUCUCCUUUAAACGUCUGCCAUUCUCCUUUCCUUAUCCUCUCUCUCUCUCUCUCUCUCUCUCUCUCUCAGUUGCAAUAGCAUCAGUCUUCAAGUCCUUGUCUAUGGCGAGCUGCUGUCUAACCUCUCUCUCUGCAAUCCUCAAACCCAAAUCCCCUUCCUGCCCUUUUCUAUCCAUUCCUUCAAAGCAAAAACUCCUCCCUUUCUCUUCUUCUUCUUUUCCUUCAAACAAGCUUCCUGUACAGAGGCGGACCUUAACCGCUCUCGUGGCGCAGACCUCCGACUGGGCCCCACGCCAAGACGAAGAGCCCGGUUUGGAUUUGGAGCAGCAGCAGCAGGGCGAGGAGGGCCCAGAAGCCCUCGUCUCUGAUUGGGAAGGAGAGGGAGAGGAGCAGACAGAGAGCGGUGAGGAAGGAGGAGACGGGUAUGCAGAGGAGGAGGGUGAAGAAGAGCCGUAUCUUCCGCCACCUGAAGAGGCAAAGCUUUUUGUCGGGAACCUUCCUUACGAUGUUGAAAGUGCAGACUUGGCCGAGCUUUUCGAGAAGGCGGGGAUUGUUGAGUCUGCUGAGGUUAUUUACAAUCGCGAAACAGAUCAAAGCCGUGGGUUUGGGUUUGUGGUUAUGAGUACCAUUGAAGAAGCUGAGAAAGCUGUGGAGAUGUUCAACCGUUACGAUGUUAAUGGUAGGCUUUUAACUGUAAACAAGGCAGCUCCAAAAGGUUCCCGUGUGGAACGAUCACCUCGAGUAUUCGAGCCCACUUUCAGGAUCUAUGUUGGAAAUCUUCCAUGGCAAGUGGAUGAUGCUCGCUUAGAACAGGUUUUCAGUGAACAUGGUAAGGUGGUGGAAGCGAGAGUUGUCUAUGACAGGGAGACGGGACGCUCACGUGGGUUUGGCUUCGUAACAAUGUCCUCACAGACUGAGUUGGACGAUGCGAUUGCAGCACUUGAUGGACAGAAUUUGGAUGGAAGGGCAAUUAGAGUGAAUGUGGCCGAGGACAGACCCAGGCGUGGUGCCUUCUGAUCUCGAGAACCUCCGAGCCAUUUGGGAAACUUGUUGUAAGCUUUACUUUUCUUUAGAGGGAAAUGCUAUGAUUAUUUUGAUUUUGUAGCAUACAGUAGUUUUUUUUUUUUUUAAUUUUUUUUUUUGUAGUUAGGUAUUGAGAAGCUUCUCAAUAAAUUGGGUCUUCAUCCAAUGCCUUUAUUUGUUAUUUUUUAAUGUUACAUGUUAUUAGUCACUCGUAUCCAUCCUAGACUUUUGUUCUCAUGAGA